CUGGGAGGACAUCAUAUGACUUCCUCCCAUUCUCACCGCGCAUGCACGGCUCACGGAGCACGCAGCGAUCAGCAUUGCGCUGUGUCCCUCGGACACAGCCAAUCACGGAAAGAGCUAAAGAUGUCGGCUCGGUCAUGUGAUCAGCUGUCCAAUCACAGCUGAUCAUAUGGGACAUGUACACUGAUCAUCAGGGCACUGAUGAUCAGUGUGCCCUGAUAAUCAGUGUAGCCCCAGCAGUGCCACCUGUCAGUGUCCAUCAAUGCCUUGUGUCAGUGCUCAUCAGUGCCCCGUGCCAGUGCCCAUCAGUGCCACAUCAAUGCCACAUAUCAGUGCCUACCAGUGCACAUCAAUGCCACAUAUCAGUGCCCAUCUGAGCUGCCUUUCAGUGUCACCUAUCAAUGCCAAUCAGUGCCACCUAUCAGUGCUGCCAAUCAGUGCCAGUCAGUGCUGCCUAUCAGUGCCUGUCAGUGCCACCUAUUAGUGCCGCAUAUCAGUG